AUGGCUCCCUUGACGUUUGCACAGACUCAGUUUUGCUUCUUCUUGAUCGCAGAGUAAAAAAAGAGUUGUCGGUAGAAAAAAAGAUUUCAACGCUCAGGAUGGAGAGUACCGCAAAGGACGGAUCAUCAGUCACCGUUGGUGGCGGAGUCGAAGAUGUUUACGGUGAGGAUCGCGCCACAGAGGAUCAACUCGUUACCCCCUGGACUUUCUCCGUUGCAAGUGGGUAUACGUUGUUGAGGGAUCCACACCACAACAAAGGCCUUGCAUUCACUGAGAAAGAACGAGAUGCUCACUACUUGCGAGGUCUUCUGCCUCCUGCUAUUUCCACUCAACAGCUUCAGGAGAAGAAAUUGAUGCAUAAUAUCCGACAAUAUCAAGUUCCACUGCAGAAAUAUAUGGCCUUGACUGAACUUCAGGAAAGGAAUGAAAGACUAUUCUACAAGCUCCUGAUUGAUAAUGUUGAGGAGUUGCUCCCUAUUGUUUACACCCCGACUGUCGGUGAAGCUUGCCAGAAAUUUGGAAGCAUCUUCAGACGCCCUCAGGGUCUAUACAUCAGUUUGAAAGAGAAGGGAAAAAUUCUUGAGGUACUGAAGAACUGGCCUAAAAAGAGUAUCCAAGUUAUAGUUGUGACUGAUGGGGAACGGAUUUUGGGACUUGGAGAUCUUGGCUGCCAGGGAAUGGGAAUUCCUGUUGGGAAAUUAGCUUUAUACACAGCACUUGGAGGAGUUCGUCCCUCAGCAUGUUUGCCUAUAACCAUUGAUGUGGGUACCAACAAUGAGAAAUUGUUGAACAAUGAGUUCUAUAUCGGGCUCAGACAGCAGAGGGCAAGAGGACAGGAAUACUCUGAGCUUCUACAAGAAUUCAUGACUGCUGUCAAGCAGAAUUAUGGGGAAAAAGUUCUCAUACAGUUUGAAGACUUUGCAAACCACAAUGCUUUUGAGUUGCUUUCAAAAUACAGAGCAACUCAUCUCGUUUUCAAUGAUGAUAUACAGGGGACAGCAUCUGUUGUUCUUGCAGGGGUGGUCGCUGCAUUGAAGUUACUUGGUGGGUCCCUGGCUGAUCAGACAUUCUUAUUCCUUGGUGCUGGUGAAGCUGGCACCGGUAUAGCAGAGCUUAUAGCACUUGAAAUGUCAAAGCGGAUAAAUGCUCCUGUGGAAGAAGCCCGCAAAAAGAUCUGGCUUGUGGACUCAAAGGGACUGAUUGUCAGGUCUCGUAAAAAUUCACUUCAACACUUCAAGCAGCCUUGGGCUCAUGAACAUGAACCUGUCAAUACUCUCUUGGAGGCUGUCCAGGCAAUCAAGCCAACAGUUUUGAUUGGAUCAUCUGGAGUUGGAAGAACUUUUACAAAAGAAGUGGUUGAGGCUAUGGCCUCCUUCAAUGAGAAACCUAUCAUAAUGGCUCUUUCAAACCCCACGACACAAUCGGAGUGCACAGCGGAAGAAGCUUACACUUGGAGUGAGGGUCGUGCAAUUUUUGCUAGUGGCAGUCCGUUUGAUCCUGUUGAAUAUGAUGGCAAAAUUUUUGUUCCUGGCCAGGCCAAUAACGCUUACAUUUUCCCUGGGUUUGGUUUUGGUCUGGUCAUUGCUGGAGCAAUUCGUGUGCAUGAUGAUAUGCUUUUGGCAGCAUCUGAAGCCUUGGCUGAGCAAGUUUCUGAAGAGAACUACGAGAAGGGGCUGAUUUACCCACCAUUCUCUAACAUAAGAAACAUCUCAGCUCAUAUAGCUGCUAAGGUGGCUGCUAAGGCAUAUGAACUUGGAUUGGCUACGCAUCUACCCCAACCUGCCGAUCUUUUGAAGUAUGCUGAGAGUUGCAUGUACAGUCCUGUGUACAGAAGUUUCCGCUGAAAGAAAGACCUUUGAGUUACUUAUUCAGAGUAUCCCCUACACUUUGUUUUAAAGCUUCUUGUGAAGCUGCUUUCGCAUAAAAUGUAUUAUGUCCUUCAGAUUAGGUUUCAGUAAAAUAAACUUGUGUGAGAUUAGUA